AUGUCGUCUAGCGACCUCUUCACCAGAACACGAGGUGCUCCGAUAAACUCAUGGUCAGAUGAUGCCGCUCAACUCGUGGGACCCGCUUGGUUAUGUGCACGAGGAGCCGACGUGUUCGUGCCUACUCCGGCUCAAAAAGGACAUCGCGGACUUUACAUCUCCCAGCCGCCCCCGGGUCUUUACAUCUCGCCCGAGGAAGCGGACAUCACCAAAGUCCAUGCGCUUGUUGUGGGUCCGUCGGGCAUGCCAUACGAAGGAGGUUUUUUUCAGUUCUUCAUGAAGUUCCCGCCGCAGUACCUGAUGAGCCCGCCGCGCGUACGUAUUGUGACCACGGACGCUGGACGAGUGCGCUUCAAUGCGAACCUUUACGCCAACGGUAAGGUGUCCCUCAGCAUCCUCGGCACCUGGCAAGGACCACCGUGGAGCCCGGCGCAGGGCAUCGAGAGCGUGCUCGUCUCGAUCCAGUCGCUGAUGAACGAAAAACCGUACUACAACGUACCCGGGUUGCCGAAGGCGCCGUCAGACGUCGUCCAGCACUACAACAACUGCAUCCAGCACGAAACCAUCAGGGUCGCCGUGUGUGGACAAGUAGAAGCUGCUCUCCAGGACAGCGCCGAGUGCCCCGCUACCUUAAGGGAGCAGAUCUUGAAAUCUUUCGCUGAAGCGUACGGAAAGUACGAAGACAUCGUCAAGGCCCGGCUUCACCUCACGGGUUCGAAGAUGCUGGGCACGGUAAGAGAAGGCUCAGUGUUCCAGUACGUGCAGCUGCUGUCACGACUGCAGGGCCUGAAGGAGCAGCUGAAACAGAAAAGGGAUGCCAUCGCUAUCAACAAUACCGCUGCACUAAUUGCUGGAUCUUGCCCAGAGUAGCAGAACAGAACUUCUGACAUUGCUUCGUGUUAGUGGCCUUAUUGCGAACAUAUAUUCGAAAUUCUUGCGGAUAAAAUUUUAAACCAGCAGACUGACAGCGCGAAGAAAAAAAUUACAUGGGGGCGCAUGCUUGCCUGCCAAUAAAAAGAGUCGCUGGUGCUUUCCUUA